AUGCCUCCCAAAGCGAGCAGUAGACGAACAGCCGCAAAGCCCGAAGCCUCAGCAAGCGGGGAAUCAUCACAAAAUGCACCCGCAACCACUCAAGCACCCGCUCAAGGGACCAGCGCUACUCCAGGUCCCUCAGGACGACCACCUGUGCAACGACUCCAGACCUUGAAAAAACGAACUCCAGGUGGUAGCAUUACACCCAGUACUACACGCUCACCUUCAGCGUUAGGCGGCGAGCCAGCACCCAAGCCAUUCAAAUUCCGCCCUAAGGCCGUUCAGCGAAAGACCAAAGAAGAGCGUGAGGCCAUCGAGCGGGUUGAGCAGGAACGAAAUGAAGAGCGUAUGCGAGAAGCUGCUGCUAUUCAGCGCGGACGCGGAGGCUCAGGUCGCGGUAGCCGAGGUUCUUUUCGUGGUCGUGGUGGUGCUGGAGGAAUGGGCGCUGGAGGCCCAUUGGGAUCUGGAUUUGGGGGUGCGUUUAGAGGUCGUGGUGGUGGUUUUGGUGGAGGCGGUAGUGGCAGUGGAGGUGGAGGUGGAGGCGGUGGUGGACGUAGUCGGAUGCGAUCUGGAUUUACGGCGAACUCUCGUAAUCAGGAGUAUGAUUCUUCUGAUGAUGAGUUGCGCGUCAGUAUUGAUAAGAUCAAUAUUGAUGAGGAUGAGGAUGAUGACUUUGCGGAUGAUGUGAAGGGGAAGAUGCCUCGACGACGAGAAAAGGGAUUGCGUCCUGUUCGUGUGACGCGGCAUGAGCAUGAAGAGAGAACGGUCCAUGUUAACAUGGAGUCGAGCUCUACUAAGGCGGCUGAGAUUCGAGCGCAGGCUCAGAAGGACGCUGCAGAGGUUGUUGAUGAUAAGUCUAGUCCGGAAGAGGAUAAUGUGGAACAGCCUCGGGUUAAGGAGGAGCCUUCAGACGACAAUGAUACACCCAUGGAAGAUGUGCCGGCUGUCGAUGAUGAUUUCCUGCCAAGACAGAGAUAUCGUGUGCGUCGGAAGACUUCAGAUCCAUUGGAGGCCGAGGAUCCGAAGAAGGACAAGAAAGAGCUUCCACCUACGGCAGUCAAGCGGGAUCCUCGCGAACUACUGCGCACUAAGGAGGAGACUGAUGAAUAUGAUCGCCACGAGGAGGAUUUGAAGCAUGUUCUAGAGCUUCUCACCCAUCAGGAGCCGGAAUCCGAUCCAGAACCGGAAGCAGACACAGAGACAGAAAGAGAGAAAUCACAGGGCGCACCAGAGACAACUACCGCCGACGGUGCAGGAUCAAAUGAAGACGAUCCCCCAAUUGAAAAACUCGCCAACCAACAUCUCCUUGGCCAACUGUUCCUCAUGCAAUUCCCACCCAUGACACCCAACCUCACUAUUCCCGGCUCUAAAGAUGCCCCAGCAUCAGGAACCACCCGACCUCAAACACAAGAUCAACCAGAUAUCAAACCAGAGAUUGGUGACCAAGACGUCGAAAUCACUGGUGAAGGUGCAGCAGAAUCUGACAGGCCAUCUGAAAUGAUCACCGCUGCUGCGAAUUGGUCCCUACCCGCAGGCCGUGUGGGCAAACUGAAUGUCCACAAGUCUGGCCGUAUCACUAUGGACUGGGGUGGUGUCAGCUUUGAGCUCGACCGUGCUACAGGUGUUGAUUUCGUCCAAGAAGCGCUUAUUGUCUCUCAACCCGAGGCUGAUGCAUCUGGCCAGCCUCCAAAGGAUGACAGACGGCACGAAGCUUGGUCUAUGGGGCAGCUCUCCGGAAAGUUCACAGUUAUGCCGAACUGGGAUUCCAUCCUAUGA